AUGCUCUCACGAACGCUCCUCCGCGCCCGCCUCUCCCGCCUCUCCCGCCACCCCCCUCCCCUCCCCCUCCCCCUCCUCCGCACCUACACCUCCCGCCACGACCCCUCCACCACCGCCCAGCCCGGCAGCACACCGCCGCACUCCCAGCCCUCCGACACCGGCUACACGCCCCCCGAGCACCACCACUCCAAGCCGCCGUCCCCGUCCCCGUCCGACGCCGCACAGCCAACACCCACGUCCACCAUCCCCCACGUCGGCACCACCAAUGCGCCCCCGGAGAUGGUAAACGGCGCUGAGCCGUCGACCCCCAUCCUGGCCGGCGAGCGCGGGCCAGGCCUCGCCGGCAUCUUUGGCGGCCCGGGCGAGAAGGAGCUCGGGGUGGGCGAGAUGGCGGAGGCCAAGUUCCGCAUUGAGCCGUUGCGGCGCACGGGGGAGGAUCCGGCGACGAUGAGGGCGAGGCUGCUUUACCAAUCCCGCAAGCGCGGCAUCCUCGAAACCGACCUCCUCCUCUCCACCUUUGCCGACGCCCACCUCCCCACCAUGACGCCCACCCAGCUGCACCAGUACGACCGCUUCCUCGACGAAAACGACUGGGACAUCUACUACUGGACGACGCAGAACCCGCCCACCACGUCCACCGAGUACGCCGAAGGCGGCUCUGCCUCCCUGGCCACGCCUACCGCCGCCGGCCACUCGCCCUCCGCCGCUGCAGAGGCCGCCGCCGAGGGCACGAGUGUGUCCCGCGCGACAUCGGCGCGCGGGAAGAGCGCCGACGAAGCUGCGGCGGCCGCCGCGGGCCAGGUUGCUGCGGGGGGGGCAGAGAGCCAAGAGGCGAGUGGGCAGGCGGCGCCGCAGUCAGAGAGCCAGAUGCAGGGCGCGGGGUCAGGGACGGGUGCGCCGCUGGGGUUCGGGGAGAGGCCCGUGGGCGAGUGGGCGCAGACGGUGGGGCGGGUGAAGGAGCCUUAUCGCCCGCCGCCGAGCCGGUGGAGGGAUAGCGAGAUACUGCGGAUGCUGAGGAGCCAUGUGGAGGCGAGGAAGGGGGGGGUGAUGGGUGGGAGGCCGAAGGGGUUGGGGAUGAUGCCCGAGGUGAGGCAGUUUUAG